GAUUGUAGUUGUCCUUAAUGUUCAUUGAUUUCCUUUUAACGUUUGUAGAUUGUUGAAAUCGCUACUAAUGAGCGGCAUUAGCGUAAUUAGCGAACGGCACAAUACCACUAAUUGCCAUGUUAUUUGCAACUUUUUUAAAAUAGUAAACGGCGAAAAAAAAUGAUUUGAAUAGCUUCAAAUACUCGUAUUUUUUCUCCAAUUUUUAAAACUGUUGAUAAACGGAUAAGACAGUCGCUUUCACUAGUGCAACUGGCUUGGCAUAGCCUGAGCUAACAUUACUAUAUAGGCAGUUUCUGAUUGGUUGUACGAUGUAGACGUAAUAUCCGACCCGAGCGGUGGAGUUCACAGGUGUAAAUACUAGUCCUGCUCCCCAAGAUGACGGUUAGUUGAUUGUUGUUAACAUAAAAAAGUACUCCGAGACGACCGUGUUGAGUUAGAAAAAGAAGCAAAGAUGGAAACCACCGGUUGGAUAUUAUUUCUCUGUAUGGGAUGCGUUGUGCUGACUUCAGUGUCGUGUAUAAAGUGUUAUCGAUGCGAAUCGAAGACACAUUUGCACUGUUCCGAAAGGUUCGAUCACGAAAAUGCUAAUUUACAACCCGAAAGUUGUUCUGACGUAUUCGAAGCUCAAUAUUGCAUCAAAGCUACAGGAAUGUUCGAGGGUGAGAUAGGAACUAAGAGGUUCUGUUCGUCACGUGAUCAUGGUGACUAUUGUGAAUACGUGCAGAGGCCAGGUGACGAGAGGGAAUAUCGUUCUUGCAUUUACACAUGUUCUACUGACGGUUGCAACUCCGCCAUCUCUUGGAGGCUUUCCUUACUAUUAAUGUUAUCAGCUAUCAUACUUAACAUGUGGCAGUGGGGCGAGUCGCCGUUUCACUGAAAUCUCUCGAAUGUUAUAAGUCGUAUUUGAAGUUAUUCAUGUUUUAUGAAUCGUGACGCGGAUAUCGACAUAUAUAGUAGCAUAUUUAUGUUCUUUAUCAAACGGGAAAUCAUUUUAUCCGAAUGUAUCAUUCAUUUUUAAGUGUCAAACUCGAGAAUUAAUCAUGUGCUGUAAUAUUACUUGUGG